GCGCACGCCUGCGCUGCGCUCCAGUCCAGUCCCGGCCUCUUCCCCAAAUCCCAGGAUGAGCAGCAGCAGCAGCAGCAGCAGCCAGUUCAACAAGGGACCCAGCUAUGGCUUGUCGGCCGAAGUCAGGAACCGGCUUGCCCAGAAGUAUGACCCCCAGAAGGAAGCCGAGUUGCGGAUUUGGAUAGAAAACAUUGUGGGACGGGAAAUCGGACCCGAUUUCCAGAAGGGACUAAAAGACGGCGUCAUACUGUGCGAGCUAAUGAAUAAACUGCAACCUGGCUCCAUAAGGAAGAUCAACCGCUCUGCCCUCAACUGGCAUCAGCUCGAGAACCUCUCCAACUUCAUCAAGGCCAUGAUCAGCUACGGGUUGAAGCCGGUCGACCUGUUUGAGGCCAACGAUUUGUACGAGAACGGGAACAUGACCCAAGUUCAAGUCUCGCUCUUGGCCCUGGCAGGCAUGGCUAAGACAAAGGGGAUCGACAGCGGGGUGGACAUCGGGGUGAAAUAUUCAGAGAAACAGGAGAGAUGUUUUGACGACGCAAAGCUGAAGGCUGGCCAGUGUGUCAUCGGUCUACAGAUGGGCACCAACAAGUGUGCCAGCCAGUCAGGCAUGACAGCCUAUGGAACCAGGAGACACCUCUAUGACCCCAAAAACCAGAUCCUACCUCCCAUGGACCACUCUACUAUCAGCUUGCAGAUGGGUACCAAUAAGUGUGCCAGCCAGGUGGGCAUGACAGCGCCAGGCACCCGGCGGCACAUCUACGACUCCAAACUGGGCACCGACAAAUGUGACGACAGCUCCAUGUCGCUCCAGAUGGGCUACAACCAGGGGGCCAACCAAAGCGGGCAGGUUUUUGGCUUGGGCCGCCAAAUCUACGACCCCAAAUAUUGCCCCCAGGGCCACCCAAGCGAAGCAGCCAACGCAGCCCAGGACGAGGAUGGGCACUCGGGCAAUUACUACUACUACCAGGAGGAAGCAGAUCAGUGAACUCGAGGGAGGAAAUAUAAUUUCUUUUUCUGCACCAGUUGUAUUCCCAUGUUGCCAGCGAUGCUGCAGUAUUCGUCUUUGCAAGUUUUAAAGGGGGAAAAAAAGUGUCUUUACUCCCUCUAACCCCACAGCAUCCUUAAAGAAAGGUCUUUGGUUUUUCUUCUUAUAUUUUAGAAAGGUGAGGUUGACCAAGGCUGUUUGUAGGUCCCCUCUGAUCUUAGUUCUCCAAGAAAUAAAACCUGGGGUGAGCCAAAAUGUGGGCAGAUUUCAUACCUCUAAAAAGAAAAAAACAUACGGUAUAUAUGCAAAAUAUUAUUCUCAAAUCUGAACAAAUUGAAACGAUUACACACAUGUGCCUGUGUUUGGAGGAGGGCAGCAAUAUGGACUGCCUAAAAAUAGAAAAUCAAAAGAAUCUGAGAGUGGGAAGGGACCACAAGGGUCAUCUAUUCUGACCCCUGAUUCCACCAGUAAAACAUUGGCCAUCUGUGUUUAAAAUCCUCCAGCAAAGGAGAGUUAGAAGUAACAAUUUAACAAGCACUACAGUUUUCCUGGAAUUAGUUACCUUCCUUUCUGGUCAUGAGGAUGGAGCGAAGUUACAUUUCAAAAGCUAUUUUAACAGGAUAGAACAAAGGCACUUAAUAGGUCACAAGAAAUGCUUCUGGCUACUUUCAAAAGUUAAAAGAACAGAAUGAUGAAAAGAAUUUUCCAAGGUUUUACACCAGUCUCCUGGCAAUCCUAAAUUUAAUCUUCCUGCUGUUGUAAGAGAAAGUAACUAAAAAAUGAGUGCAAAAACUGAAGUCCCUUAGAAGGGACCCCAAGGACCACCCAAUCCAACCCCCCUGCCAUGCAGGAAUCCCCAACUAAAGCAUUUCUGAAAGAUGCCCAUCCAACCUCUGUUUAAAGACUUCCAAAGGAGGAGAGUCCAUCAUCCUCUGAGGAAAUCCAUUGCACUGUGGAACAGAUCUCGCGGUGAAUAAGUACAUGAUGAGAAGUCCAAUUUUGGAAAACAAAAUAUAUGGAGAGUCCUAAAGUUGGAAGAGUAGUUUUGUGCUGGAGAGCCCUGGGGCCACAGAAAAUUACAAAGCCGAGGAUUGCAUAGCAUGGAGCCAUGCCAGGUAAAACGAUGUCGGCCUGCAUUCAUUCUGCAGUACUGAUGCAGUCCUGGUUUUUUGGCAGAAAUGGCUUGAAGCUAAAAUAUGCUAAUAUAUAUUCAACUUUAGCUCCUUUCACUCUAUCUACUGCUCCCCAAUUAAAUUUGGCCUUUUGGGGGCUGAAUGUGGCCCUCUCAAAGGUUCCCUAUACUUCUAUAUGUGCACCUGUGGAUCGGAGACACGUACCCAUAACCCCAGGUGUGGUAUAUUCUGCCACAAGGUAAACCAUUGCUACGGUUUGGGAAAAGUCUCCUCCUUUGGGGGUUUUUAAACAGAGGCUGGAUGUGCCAUCUAUCACAGAGAGGGCUUGGAUUGUGUCUUCCAGCCUGGCAGAAAUUGGGUUGGACUGGAUGACUCUUGGAGAUCCCUUCCAAUGUUUGCAUGGAUUUAUUGGGAUGAUUUGCAGAAGGGAGCUGUGUUUUAUGGGGCAAGGGAUGUUAGAUGAGGCAGAGGUGUAUUGAUAAGGAAAUAUAGUUGUCAAGUACAAGGCAAUAAGAAGCAGUGACUAAAAGGAUAUAGGAAUUCUAGUGCAUGGCAGUGAGUUGGACUGGAUGACCCUUGGGGUCUGUUCCAACGCUAUGGUCCUAUGCUUGGUUUGGUGGACCAGACCCGUUUCCCUUUCUGAAAUGUAUGCCUAAUGAGGACUAGAAGCUUAGAUUUGUUUGUCUUUUAUUAAAAAAAAAUAAGAAGCUAGGUCCUGCGACUCUAUCAGAUUUCAUAUGGAUUUUCUAAAUCAGGGUGGGCAAAGUGUGGCCAAAAUACCCCAAAUGCCCCCUGGGGUAUACCACCUUUGCAGCCCUCCAAAACAAAAUUUAGAGCAUCAAAACAUUUUUUUUUUUCAAAUUACUCCAAACUCAAAUUCCCUUUAGGGGAUGUAACAGACAUUUCCACCAUAUUUGGAGGCCCAGAAAAUAAAAUUUCCUUUAAAAAAAAGUCCCCAAAUUCCCUCUAAGGUUUGUAGGAGGCAUUUCUACCACAUUUGGGGCUUGCAACAAAGGUCUUUUUGCAAACAGAAAGUGACUUUUGCAUUCUUCCUAUUGUUUAAAAAAAUCUCUCCUGGCCUAAAUGGUGCAGAAGGUCCAAAAGCAUGGUGAAAACGCUCCCGGCAGAGCAUUUUUGGGGCAAAAUUUUGAACCCCCCCCCUUUUGGAGAACCAGUGUAAUAGGUAUGUGGCCCCUAUUUCUAGAGGGGCUAAUGUAGCCCCAGCUCCCUUCCCUGUUACGAAUAGUUCUCUAUCCCAUAGCACUUUGCUGGCAAAAUUUCAUGGCUUGGAAGAGUGGGUUUGACUCCUAAAAUUUAGAGUCUAGGGAUGCACAAAUUCCAUAUUUCGGAUGAAGUGGUUGCACUUAACUUGGUGAGGUCUAUGAACUUGAAAAGGCUUUCAAGGUAGACCUCUCCGUUCUCCACUGCCUUCUUGACAAAAGCUGCAUCUGCACUGCAGAAAUAAUCCAGUUUGAUACCCCUUUAACUGCCGUGGCUUAAUGCUUUGGAUCCUGGGAUUUGUCAUUCAUUGUGGUCCUGGAGCUCUCUGAAAGGGAAGGCCAAAUGUCCUCACAAAACCACAGAUCCCAUAGCAGCAAGCCAUAGUGGUUAAAGCAGUGUCAAACUGGGUUGUUUCUACAGUGCGGAUGCAGCCAGAGGCCUUUUUCUGCCGCUACACCACUUCUCGCGGGACCAAGAAAUCUUAUCUUUUCAUGCCAAAGCAGAAUUUGUAUGCAUUUAUAGAAUACUAAAGUCGAGGAACAUACUGAUCUAUAUUUUUUUAGGUAUUUAGGAACCAAUAUUUUUUUAAUGAGUGCCAAUUUUUAUAGUAUUCUGCAGUAGCCUUAAUCUUCAUUUUAUACCGAGGAAAUGAAUUUUGCAUUCUAUGGGUUGCUGAAAAAAAUAUAGAUUUGAUUUCUCAGCUGACGGAUCUGGAGAUGCCUGUUCCAAAUUUUAACCUGCGUGCAACACCUCUGGGAUGCCCACAGCAACAUUUUUUGCCACAGCAUUGUGCCCUUCAGGUGUUGCUGGAAUACAGCUUCCAUUGACCUCAACCAGCAAGGGUUGGGGAUGAUGGGAGCUGUGCCUGGAAGGUGCAGCGCAAUCUCUUUCUCUGUGGAGAUUUUGGCUUUUUCCAAUUCUGGAGAAGAGAGGGAACUUUCAUGCUCUGAGUUUGGAAAAAUGGCUGAGUUUGGACUACAGUUCCCAUGAUGAGUGGGUUGGGGUGGCAUUGCAACACUUUUAGUUGUGUCGACUGCAACACACUAGCAGGGGAGCUAGACCUCUGGAUUUCAAAGGGUUAUUUAAAAAGUCCAUUCCUUCUAUUGCUGCGGCUUUUUAAUGCCCUCCCAUUUUCAAAAAUGCAGCUCAAAAACUGCACAAUCUUUCCCUGCUAGAGUGUGAAGGCGCACAACUGGUGAAGCUGAGUUUGCUGGGAGGGCGAGCCAGGUGCGAGAGAUGUGGGGAAGUGGGUAUGAGCCUGUGAAUGGCACUGAGACACAAUGUGAACCUGUAAUAUUUGAAUAUAAGCAAUAAAAAGAAUGUGCUUCAAAAGCAGAA